AUGUCUGUUGUUUCCCUCUCCCUUUCAGAGACCCAUGUUUUUUCCAAGAAGCCGUGCUCGUCCCUCAAUCUACUUGUCGACUUAGGCGUCGAAGGAGACUGCCAUUGCGGCGAGACAGUCCAACACCGCUCGCGCCUUCAAAUCCGUCCUCCUCCCAAGAACCUCCGCCAAGUGCAUUUGAUGGACCUGGAAAUCCUACAAGAAUUCUCCGUCGAGCCAGCCGACUUGGGCGAGAACGUGACUACGCGAGGCCUAGGGUUGUUACAGAGGUCUACGGGUACGAAACUGCAUUUCUUACCACCGAAUACCAGUACUGGAUCCGGCACUGGAGCACUAGAUUCACUAUUGACGAAACACAACAUUGCGAAAAUCGAGGCGGAGGCCGAUCCAGGAAAUGCUACGGAACUCGAAACAACACAUCCCAUUCUCGUACUCACAGGUCUGCGCAAUCCCUGCCCACAGAUUCAGAAAUUUCGCACUGGACUGCAGGAAAAGUUCAUCGUUCGAGACGAGGAGCGGAAGAUUGUAGAGCGCAAAGCGGGCGUUAUGAGUGUCGUUGAAGUCGGUGGUGUAAUUGAAAUUGGGAUGCGCGUUGUUGUCGAAGAGCCUGCUGAUUUUAGAAAAUUGGAGGCCGUUUGA